ACAAUGAUUUGCAAGGAACAAAUAGUUCAGGAUCAUUGGGUGGUCUUGAUGUUCGUAGAAGAAUCCCUAUAAAGCUUAUCUCAAAGCAGACCAAUAAAACCAAACCUGCACCUCGAACUCCAAGAAAUAUGAACAGGAUGCCUUCGAAGACACAAGCUGGUGAUGAAGAAGAAUUCGAUUAUAACAAAGAGGAGCGAUACGAAUGCAAGGGCGGUGAAAUGUUUGGUAGUCAAAGGAGAUUCCCUGGACCCAUCUUCUGGGACUAUAAGAUAAACUUGCUGGGGGAAAAGGAUGACACACCAGUCCAUUUCUGUGAUAAGUGUGGAUUGCCCAUCAAAAUGUAUGGACGCAUGAUACCUUGCAAGCAUGUUUUCUGCUAUGACUGUGCUAUACUACAUGAGAAAAAGGGAGACAAGAUGUGUCCAGGCUGUAAUGAACCUGUGCAGCGAAUUGAGCAGUGUGUACGAGGGUCCCUCUUCAUGUGUAGCAUCGUUCAGGGGUGCAAGAGAACUUACCUGUCACAGAGAGACUUACAAGCUCACAUCAACCACCGCCAUAUGAGAGCUGGAAAGCCUGUUAGUCGGCCUCCAAUUGAACCUGUACAUCCUCCUAUUGCCCCACCACCUGCUGAAAUUCCUGAGCGCUUCAUAAUGCCACCUGAGAAACAUCAUAUGAGCCACAUUCCGCCAAAGCAGCACAUCAUGAUGCCACCACCUCCUUUACAGCAUGUGCCACAUGAGCAUUACAACCAGCCACACGAAGACAUUCGUGCACCUCCUGCAGAGAUGUCAAUGGCUCCACCACCACCUCGCCCAGUCAGUCAGGACACCUUCCGCAUCUCAACAAGAAAGCACAGCAACUUAAUCACUGUCCCUAUUCAGGAUGAUUCCAGUUCAGGUGCUCGCGAACCACCUCCACCAGCCCCUGCACCUGCUCAUCAUCAUCCCGAAUACCAGGGUCAACCAGUGGUAUCGCACCCUCAUCAUAUUAUGCCUCCACAGCAGCAUUAUGCACCAACCCCACCCCCACCUCCACCAAUAAGCCAUCCGCUGCAGCACCCUCCCCAGGCAGCAGGUACUCCUCACAUGGUGUAUAGCCAAGCUCCUCCUCCACCAAUGACCUCUGCUCCUCCUCCUAUUACCCCACCACCUGGACAUAUAAUUGCCCAGAUGCCACCAUAUAUGAAUCAUCCUCCUCCAGGACCUCCCCCUCCUCAGCAUGGAGGCCCACCUGUAAAUGUAAAUGCACCCCCUCCCCAUCACUAUAAUCCUAACUCUUUGCCACAGUUCAGUGAAGAUCAAGGAACUCUUAGUCCCCCUUUCACACAGCCUGGGGGAAUGAGUCCAGGGAUAUGGCCAGCUCCAAGGGGGCCGCCUCCACCUCCAAGGAUGCAAGGGCCUCCUGCUCAGGCCCCGCUUCCUGGACCACACCACCCUGAUCAAGCCAGAUACAGACCCUAUUACCAAUGAUACAAGCAACUACAUGAAUAGAGAGUGCUAUGAAGAGGAUAAAAUUAUAUACAACAGCCUUUUAAUUAAUUGUUUUGGGGUUAUUUUGUUGUGUGUUUUUUUAAAAUACUGUCAUUUUGACUGUAGGACAUUUUGGGGUUUGAAUCUUAAAUGAUUUUUAAGCCUUGGCCGUAGGACUCUGACUUCAAAUACUCUGUAGUGCUAAAAUAAGUGGCUUAGUAAACCACAGUUGCAUUUUAACAGAACUUCUGUCUCUAGUGUGGCUAAAUUGUCUUAAAAUGAACACUUGUAAUAUUAUUUCCUGGAGAAGAUGAACACGUGUUGUACCAUUCUGAAUAUUGUUUUUGUUACAUCCAGUGUUUAGUUUCACUUGUGAUACGUUUUUGUUAACCUGUGUCCAAUAAUUAAAUUGAAAUAUGGUUGUAAAA